GCCCCAAAAGCAUAAUGCCACUGCACGGCCUCCGCACAUAAUUUCUUCCUUCCAAACCCUAGAACUGCCCUAUCCAAACCCCUCCCUAUCUCUCUAUCCAUCCCUUACUUCAUUUCCGGCGAUGCGACGCUGAAGAAACUCAGAGUCUUCAGUUUGGGAACACGGUAGUAAGUUUUGGAAAUGGCUUCGGCAUGCAUCAACAGUAUCGGGAUGUCGCCGGAGAACUUCCUCGACUGCCCCCUGGCGACGUUCCCUUCGUACGGCUGGCUCAGCCCUCGCAUCUCCUUCAGCCGGGAUGAAGAUUCGUCGAAGCUCACCGGAACCAAACCUCGAUCUCCGGUCGCUGAGGACUCACCGGAAAAGCCAGAUCUAGACAUUCCAGCUGGAGAUUUCGAGUUUAGGCUUGAAGAUCCUGUCACCAUGCUUCCGGCUGACGAGCUCUUCUCCGGCGGAAAGCUCGUUCCGCUGCAGAUCUCAUCGGUCAAACAAUCGGUCAACGAACCCACCACUUCGUCGGAUAUCAGGAUCUCAGAGUCGGUUAAGUUCGGCCGAAUAACCGAAAUAUCCUGUGCGGAACCCUAUCUGUUCUCUCCCAAAGCCCCGAGGUGUUCAAGUCGUUGGAAGGAGCUUCUGGGUCUGAAGAAGCUCUACCAGAACACUGGCACCAAACCUGAAACCCACAAGACGACUUCAAGCACAAACCCUAAGUAUCUUAAGCAUUUCCUCCAUAGAAGCUCAAAAUCAACGUCUUCUCCCUCUGACGCUUCUCUGAGCGUCCCAUUGUUAAAAGAGUCGGACUGCGAGUCCGUUUCAAUCUCCUCACGUCUCUCUCUGUCGUCCUCAUCCUCGGGUCACGAACACGAGGAUCUUCCUAGGCUCUCACUUGACUCGGACAAACCAAUCCCAAACCCAAAUCCUAAUCCGAUAUCCCUUCACCGGAAUCCGAGCAACCCACCCAGGAUGAGAAUGGUGAAACCGAGGGAGAUAUUGUCGGAUAAUAGUCCAAAUCUGACUCCGGUGACGAGGGUGGGAAGAAGCCCGAUGAGGAGGGCAACCGGGGAGCCAUCCGGUGUAGUGGGUUCUACGGGGGUUUCAGUGGACAGCCCGAGAAUGAACUCGUCGGGAAAGAUAGUGUUUCAGAGCUUGGAGCGGAGCUCAAGCAGUCCUAGUAGCUUCAACGGCGGGCACAGAACGUUCAAGCAUAGGGGAAUGGAGCGCUCCUACUCCGCCAACGUGAGGGUCACUCCGGUUCUCAAUGUUCCGGUAUGUUCGCUUCGUGGGUCCUCCAAGUCCGUCUCCGUGUUCGCAUUUGGCCAACUAUUCUCAUCGCCGCAGAAGAGAGAUGUUAACGGGACUGGAUGGAGCAGUAAGCAGGGCUCGCAUAUCAAGUCCAAAAACCGCACCGAUCGAACAGGACGGAACCCUGUAGAGGCAAAAAAAGUGGGAGGGUUCUCUGUAGGCAUUGUUCUUGUUCUGUCCUUCUUGAUCUGGAAGAUAAGGAUUCCGUAUGUUUUUUUCCCCGUUUCAUUUUCUGUUCAUGAGUCCUGGGACAGCGAUGGGAAAUCUGUUUGUUUUGCACGCGCUUUAAGAGAUUCGGACUGAAAUGGGCCAGAGAUUCGUUUUGAAAGAUACUACUCCACGUACCUAAUAAAGAGAGAGGUGUUAUUCUAAUGACGCGUGACGUGUCGUGCCUUUGUUUUUAUCUGGAGGUGGAACGUGUUGUGCUUAUCCAAUCUGUCUCUUUCCAUAUAUUUUUACUUCACUUUAAUUUUGGUGCCUUGUUGUUUAGCGCGGAGUCGUCAUGGGAAAUGAUGCCAAGAUUCAAACUGUUGAUCAGCGGCCCCAGCCAGCCGUGCUGAAUUGGUAUUUUUGCACGUCAAUCUGAU